AUGGCACAAGAUCGGCGUCGCCUGAGUCGCCGGUCGUCCACUCAACACUAUCAAACAUUUGAUACUCCGCCUCCCAAGUCGCGUGGGCGCCCGAACACUGGCCAGUCAGAAUCAUCAGCUGAUCUUUCUUAUGAUGACCUGAAUGACCAAUCGUCUCACGUUUCCUCCCCAUUGCCAAAGAAGCAGAUGGCUGUAUUGGCAAUCAUUGCCUUGGCUGAGCAGACGGCUCUGAACUCUAUUAGCCCGUACCUCCCGGACAUGGCAUCGACCUUUCCUGAAGUAAAGUCAAGCGAAGUAGGUGUAUACGUGGGAACUAUUGCAUCGGCAUUUGCACUAGCUCAGCUGGCAACAAACUAUUUUUGGGGCUGGUUGUCAGACCAGGUCGGUCGCAAGCCUGUGAUCUUGCUCGGUACCCUUUUGACCGCUCUGUGUUUCGUUGCCUUUGGUUUCUGCCAUACACUCUGGCAAGCUAUUCUGGUACAGGCACUGAUGGGUAUGGUCAAUGGAAACCAAGGCUUGGUCUCUACCUGUCUAGGCGAGAUUACUGACCGCAGCAACCAGUCUAAGGCCUUUACAUACCUGCCUGUUCUCUAUGGCAUAGGAGGUAUUACGGGUCCACUUCUGGGUGGUCUAUUUGUCUUCCAGCGCAAUCCAUUCACUGGAAAUAAAAGCACAUACCCGUAUCUUGCACCAAAUAUCAUCUCUGCCGUGAUUCUCUUGGUGGACUUCGCCUUGACUGCUAUGUUUCUAGAAGAAAGCUUGGAAGAUGCAGCUACUCUCCCAGAUAUUGGAAAGAAGGUUCGCAGUCUCUUCACUUGGCUGUGGCAAUUCACUGGCCUUGCGAGACAACCCACUUACGUGCGUGCACCGCAGGUAAGCCCGUUCUCUGCUUCCUUCCAACACCAUAACACCGAGGACGAUGAUCACGACAGUGACCUAGACUCUGCAUCCGAAGUAUCAAAUACACGAUACAAUAGUGCAGAUGAACUCACAUGGGAUGACAUCUUUACUCGUGACACCAUUUUCCUUCUCCUGACCUAUUUGAUCUUUGCUCUAUGCAAUGUCUCGUUCAAUUCUCUUUUCCCAAUCUUUGCACAAGCAAGCCCUCCUGCCGGACGCAAUCUUACACCAUCCGAGAUCGGCUUGGCUCAGGGAUUCGCUGGGGUGGUCACAAUCAUUUUCCAGAUUUGUGUCUUCAAUCGUCUGCGUGACAAGAUGGGAAACAAGUGGUCAUACCGUGCAGGUCUUUUUGGUUUUAUCAUCUCGUUUCUUCUCGUGCCCUUUGUGGGCUACAAGAGCGAGUCAGAAGAUGGGAUGACCCGCAAGUCAGCGCUCAUGGCUGCGGAAAUCUGCUUUGUGCUAUUGGUCAAGACUAUUGCUUCCGUCGGUGGCUUGACUAGUGCUCUACUUCUGAUCACCAACACCGCUCCCAACCAUGCCGUGUUGGGCGCUUUAAAUGGUCUCGCACAGACCCUGUCCGCCGCUGGUCGUGCUGUCGGUCCUUUCCUUUCUGGUGGUCUGUUCUCCUUGACAUCUAAAAUUCAGCCGAAGGGAGAAGCAUUGGCAUUUGGACUUUUUGCCAUCAUCUCGUUGAUUGGUUUCCUCAUGAGCUUUGGAAUUCGUGGCCGGUCACUUGAAGCCGAGGGCUGGCAGUCGACUGGGGGUUGGGGCAAUGGGGACGACGAGGCUCUCAAAUCAGAUGACGAAGAGACUAAUUCUUGA